GAAAUCGCUUCAAGCUUAAUUCAGUUUGUGCCAGUACUUCCCCGACCUCUUAGCUAUGACAAGUAACAAGUCGAUCGAUUCUGCACCUCUACACAAACCGACAGGAAAAGGGGUCAGACCCAUUAUUACAGAAUAUGAUCCUGAGAAAAGAACUGCCAGAACAGAACUUGGAGAUUUAGUUCUUGUAAAGUACAAAUGCCACUCCAAUGGUGUGCCAACGUCAAUGACCAAUGGGUCGACGUUACCACUUGUCUCAGGGACAAACUUAUCAGGGAAGGACCCAGAAACUGGUGGCUACAACCCGUUUGAACACCGUAGGCUGCAGCAUCCAACGACUGAUGCAGAAACACUUAUUCACUUGCUAAAGGGAAGUCUUGGAACAGGCAUCCUGGCGAUGCCAUUUGCAUUCGCCAAUGCAGGCCUGUUUUUUGGCCUUGUAGCUACGUGUCUCAUUGGCCUAGUUUGCACCUACUGUAUUCACAUACUGAUCAAAUGUUCACACAAGCUCUGCAGACGGAUGAAAGUUCCUUCUCUCGGAUUUGCCGAUGUUGCAGAAGUUGCGUUCAUGGCGGGACCUCCAGCAGUGAGAAAGUUCUCUACCUUGUCAAGAGCAAUCAUCAACUUGUUCCUUGUGAUCGAUCUCAUUGGCUGCUGCUGUGUGUAUAACUUGUUCGUUGCAAAAAACAUUUAUGAAGUAGCACAUGAGUACUUGCCACAGCUUGAACUGAGUCAUUGCAUCUUUGGACUUCUGCCAUUCUUAAUUCUAAUGAAUCUUAUAAGGAAUCUUAAGUUCCUCGCUCCAUUUUCGAUGAUCGCUAACAUACUGAUUGGAACAAGUCUUGGGAUUAUCAUGUACUACGUUUUCCAGGAUGUUAAACCCAUGAACUCUGUCCCAGCCUUUGCGUCUGUUCAUACAUUACCGAUAUUUUUUGGCACAGCAAUAUUCGCCCUUGAAGGAAUUGGGGUGGUGAUGCCGUUGGAGAACAACAUGAAAACCCCGACUCACUUUAUAGGCUGCCCUGGCGUUCUUAACACUGGUAUGUCUUUGGUGGUGUUCCUCUAUGUAUUCGUCGGCUUCUUUGGAUAUCUACGUUAUGGAGAGAGUACCCAUGAAAUCAUCUCUGGGAAUCUAGAUUCUGAUGCGAUUGGUAUGGCAACAAGGCUGAUGAUUGCUGUUGCCAUAUUCCUGACCUAUGCCCUCCAGUUUUAUGUUCCUAUUGAAAUAAUUUGGAAAGGUGUGAAACACAGGUUUACUUCCCGACCUGUCCUUGCUGAAAACAUCAUAAGAAUUUUGCUUGUCUUCUUCACUGUGAUUGUAGCUGCAUCUGUUCCUAACCUUGGACCUUUGAUCUCUCUGGUUGGAGCACUCUGUCUCUCAGUACUUGGUCUCAUGUUCCCAUCAAUCAUUGAGAUAGUUGUUCUCUGGGAUGAUGGGUUCGGUAGAUUUAACUGGAUUCUUUGUAAAAACAUUUUGAUCAUCGCUUUCGGAGUGCUAGGGCUUGUCACCGGAACGAUGACCAGCCUUCAGGAUAUGUUCAAGGCCGUGCAAUGAUUCUCAGGAAAAUGUCGAUUCAAAGUCCCUAAAACUUUUUUCAUCCAUAUCUGAACAUUCCAAUUGUUUAAUUUACAUCUUGAAAGAGCGUCCCAUCAAAUUUUUCGUCAGUUGCCAUUUUUUAUUUUAGAGCUUUAAACUCGGUGAAUUAUGUUUUUAUCAAUCUGAUUUCUUUUCAUUUAAAUUGUUAAGAUUCACGUGAUGUUAAGUCUAGUUGUUUAUCAUUGAACGACAGUGAUUAUGGUUUUGUGAUAUUCUUACAUUUAAGAUUAUUACAACAGUUUAAAUUAUUUGUUUAAUUAUUUUAAUACUAAGUGAAAAAAGUUAACUAAUUGUGUGUGACCAAAAAGUAUGUUUAGAUUUAAAUAUUUUUAUAGUUUUUCUUUUUUUCUUUUUGUAGUAAUUCCAUUAAUUUUUUUUAUUAGAAGAGGUUUAGUCUUAUUUAAGUGCUAGCUAAAAAUAUUUAUUGGUACUAAAAAUACAGAAAAAAUGCCUUGAGUUAGGCCGUGUGAUGUAAGUUCAGUUCGGAAUCGGUUUUGUGGGACUCGACAUUUUUUGCAUGUAUUUUUUUUUUUUUUUUCAAAAAAGUA